AUGAAGUUGCAACUCGAAAAUACACCAGUAGCAGAAGAACAACAACCAAUCUUACCAAAAGAAAAAUUUUAUGUAUGUGAUAUUACCGAUAAAAAUCAACUUUCACGUAUUAUCCAAGAUAAUCAAAUAAAUAUUAUUAUUCAUUUAGCGGCCGUUUUAGAAACAGAAACGACUGAAAAAAUUAAUCAUAUUAAUUGUUAUGGUACUGACAUUCUAUUUGAUAUAGCAAUAAAACAAGAGCAUGUUGAAAUGAUUAUUUAUGGUAGUUCAUUAAUGACUGUUUUUGGCUAUUUAGAAAAUGAACCCUAUUCAUCAUUAGCAAAAAAUAUUCAACCAAAACAAUUAUUAAAAAAGAUAACAAUCAAUGAUCCACCAAUACCAUCACAUGUAAAUCCAUCUUCUGAAGCAUAUAUUAAAAGUAAAAUAUACGGUGAAGGUCUAGCUAGACAGUAUUCAUCAACUGAUGGGAUAAAUGUUAAAUUUAUUUGUGCAAGGUUAGGUGGGAUAAAUACAACUGAUGAUAUAACCUCUGAUUUGUAUGAUUGGUCAUAUAGGGCAACAUGGUGUAGUCAUUGUGAUUUAUGUCAAUUUAUUGAUCGAGUAUUAGAAAAUCAAUUGAUAUUGAAACAAUUUCAAAUUUAUUUUGUUUGUUCAAAUAAUGAUUUUUGUUGGGUUGACAUGGAUAAUGGCCGAGAAGAUUUAAAUUUUGUACCUCAAGAUGGUGCUAAAUGGAAUUAG